GAUCAAUUAUUUUGUAUUAAAUAUGGACCAACCAAAGUAAUCAGUCUACCCCUAUAUUUACGUUCCCUAUCCAUUAUCGACAAAAAGCAAUCACUCCUCAAGCAAAUCACUCCUCACACCACAGAAAAACAAAUAAUUGAAGAAAUGAAGUCAAUAGUCUUCUUCUUCCUCCUCCUGCUCUUUGCCGUAGCAACCUCCGAUAACGUGAUAAAUGGUUGGUAUAAUCUCACAGCCGUCCAUGACGAUGAAGUGAUUUGGAGUUCUUUUGCGGCGCCAAUGAUGAAAGGUGGUUCGUCGUACAUAACCUAUCCGGUCUUGCGACCUCAGCAGGCAUGUAAUCCUUGUAGUGGAGCCGUUAAAUAUGCCAAGAAGAAGAAUUGUCUUGUCUACACCAGAUGCAAACGCUUUCCUAAGGGCAUGUAACAUACUCCUUAUAUAUUCUCUAUGUUUCAGUUUGUGUCGUUCUAAGCGUUUGGGAAAUAACUUGCUUGUAACAAAAUGUACGGUGUCUGUUUGUUGCCAAAUUAUUGAGUGUUGUUUCUUAAUAAUUUUCUUUAAAGUCAGCGAAGUAAUUAUUCUAUAAAAACUAAGAGUUGCUCUAUCUAGAUAUAUAUACAAUUGUGGACUACUUCUUUAAAAAUUAAAUAAAUUGGUAAAGUUUAAAGGUACGUCUCCCAAGCAGAAACUGAACUAAAGAAUUCAGGACCAAACUCCUCUGAAGGGAAAC